AUGAUGCUGCGCGAAUUCUGUGUGGCGACAGGCGUGUGUGACCAUUCCGUCCUUGUUGCAGACGACAGUCCCUGCGAUGAUGGACUUGAGCGAACGGACUUUGACUCGUGCUCCAAUGGCGUGUGCGUUGGCGUCGAUCUGUGUGACACCACUGUCUGCGACCCGCCAGCCACAUGCUACGAAGAGGGCGCGUGCUUCCGCGGCAACUGCUCCUACGCGCUGUCACCGGCAAUGACCUCGUGCGACGACGGCGAUCCGCUCACAGACAACGACGUGUGUGAUGGUGCUGGAGGCUGCCAGGGUGUGGAUCUGUGCGUGGAGAACAACGUCGUGUGCCAGGCGCCAUCCCAGUGCCACAACGCACCGACCUGCGCCAAUGGCGUGUGCGGGGAGGCACCACCAAAGCCUGAGGGCACGCCUUGCAACGACAACGUCAACACGACGGUGAUGGACGCAUGCGACGGCAACGGCGAGUGUGUGGGCGUCGAUCUCUGCGCCAACGUGACGUGCAUGCCGCUGACACAGUGCCACGUCCCCGGCGAAUGCCAGUAUCAAACUGGCGAGUGCUCAAACCCGCUGAAGCUGGACGGCUCGUCCUGUGAUGACGGCAUUGCUCGCACAACGCAGGACCAAUGCCUGGCUGGGAGCUGCAAGGGCAUCGACGUGUGUGUGACGGAACAAGUUGUGUGUACACCAAAGGAUCAGUGCCACGACGCAGGCGAGUGCUACCAGGGGCUGUGCAGUGAUCCGCGAAAGCCCAACGGCACUCCAUGCGACGAUGGCGACCCAACAACGCUGGAUGACGUGUGCACAAACGGGCUGUGUGCGGGCAAGGACCCGUGCGCGGAUGUUGAGUGCACUGCACUGUCGCAGUGUCACGCUGUUGGGGAGUGCAGAGAUGGCGAAUGCACGCAGCCCGAGCUGCCCGACGGCACAGCGUGCGAUGAUGAGGAUGCAAGCACCUACCUCGACGUGUGCUUUGCUGGCAUCUGUGCCGGCUCCAUCGAGUGCAGCGGUUCCUGCGUCGCCUUCACAAACAGGAUUGGCGUCGUUGAGACUCCAUCGUACGGUCUCCGCCGCACUCUCGCUGGGACGGGAUGGGCAGCUGGCGCCACGUCCCUCGUCGGCCUGGCGGCGGACGGCGAGUUUGCUGGCGUGGAGUUCCGGGCAGCGCAAACAGACGCGAACAUCAUUGUUGGUCUUGGCGCGCAGGACCCGAGCCCGCGGUUCUCAGACGUCGACUUUGGCGUCUUCCUCACCACCUCCCGUCAGUACUUUGUGUACGAGGGCGGCAAGCUGCAGUUUGCGGCGGGAAGUUACGCCUUCAACAGCUCUGUUCAGAUCCGCGUCAACCGCAACGGUGCUGUGGAGUACCUGCUGGAUGGCGGCGUUGUGUACACGUCAGCGUCAGCGCCACAGUAUCCGCUGUUUGUCGAUCUCUCCAUCUUCUCGGAGAACGCAGCCGUCACCCACUUCCGCUUCGUCACAAAACAGGAGGCAUACUGCGACCAGGUCCCGUGUGAGCCCGCGGUUGGCUGCUACCAGGCCGAGGAGUGUGUGUUGGGUGACUGCCUCCCAGCACAGCCGCAGCCAUCAGGCACAUCGUGUAACGACAACGACAUCACAACACGCGAUGACGUGUGUGACGGCAACGGCUCAUGUUCUGGCGUGGACAAGUGCCUUGAUGUUGUGUGCGAGCAGCCCGAGAACGAGUGCCUGUACGCGCCGCCGUGUGAAUUGGGCGAAUGCCCACCGCUCGUGAGUGUUGAGGACGGUCUUCCUUGCGAUGACGGAAACAACAGCACCACCAACGACAGAUGCGUGAGCGGCGCCUGUAUCGCCGAGCUCGCUGCCCCAAGCGACUGCCUUGAGGGCGUGACGUGCUCAAACGGCGAGUGCCCUGAUCAUCCCCCUCGCCGCAACGGAGCCGUGUGCACAGACACGGACGACAACGUGUGCACCCUCGCCCGCUGUCAGACAGGUGUCUGCGUGCAGAACAUCCUCGCCAGCAACGGCGCAACGUGCGACGACGGCAACGUGCGCACGGACUUUGACGCGUGCCAGAACGGGGUGUGUGUUGGUGUUGAUCUGUGUGACCGCGAUCCCGUGUGCCCGCCACCGCCGGAUGCCUGCAGGCAAGAGGGCGUGUGCUUCCGUGGCAACUGCACGUACGAGCUGCAGCCACAGGGAGCGCCCUGUGACGACGGCAUGCUUGCAACCGACGAAGAUUCGUGCACAGCGGAGGGCGAGUGUGUGGGCAUCGACUACUGCGACACAACGGAGUGCCCGCUGUCGGAGUGCCGCCUGGAUGCGUCGUGUUUCCGCGGCGAAUGCAUGUACACGAACCGCGCAGACGGAGUUGCGUGCACGGACACGGAUGAUAACGUGUGCACGGCAGCGCAGUGCCUUGACGGCGAGUGCAUUCAGGACAACUUGCUCAGCAACAUUGCGUGCGACGACAACAACACGCGCACGGACUUGGACAUGUGCACCAAUGGCGUGUGUGCUGGCAUUGACCUGUGUCUUGGUGUGGAGUGUCCGCCGCCGGAUGCGUGCUUCUCCGAGGGCGUGUGCAAGAGCGGGCAGUGCGAAUACGAGCCGUUGCCUGCAGGCACGUCCUGCACCGACGACGACCCCAGCACAGACUUUGACACGUGCACGGAAGACGCGCGCUGUGUCGGUAUUGACCUGUGCGAGGCGCGCAACGUGACAUGUGCACCGCCCCCAGGGGAGUGCUUGCUGCCAACUGUGUGUUACCGCGGCGAGUGCCUUCCGUAUCCGCUUGCCGAUGACGGCUCUGUGUGCACAGACACGGACGAGAACCAGUGCACUACGGCGCGCUGCUUUGGCGGAAGCUGCUGGCAGAACGUCACUCGUCCUGACAACACCCCCUGUGAUGAUCUCUCGGAAGACACCAGAUUGACGCGGUGGAUCCCGCGUGAGACGUCUGGUGUGUGCAAGUGCCGGUCGAGCUCAGGGAUUGUGUGGACGGAGACUGAUGUCAUCAACACGGCCUUCCAAUGCGCGCAGAUGAUCUGCGCUGGUGGCUUGUUUGAGUUUGUGCAGUGCGAGUUUGGCGGCAGCGUUGUGUCAACGGGCGUCCACAGCGAUGGCGCCGUGCGCGUGCCCACACGCUACCAGGAGACCAUCUGCGAAGGCAACGGCACGCCCGUGACGCAGCGCCCAACCACGACCACGACCACAACGACCACGACAACGACAACAAGCAGCACCACUGCCGGUACGCGUUCCACGACGCUGAGCACGUUGUCUACCACGACAACUACCAGUACCAUGUCCACGACAUCAACAACCACAACCGGCACGACCGGUCCCCGCCCACCAACGGGGGUCACGUUUGUCAUUGACUGGCGUCUGGGCAUUUCAUUUGAGGACGCUUCGCUUCGCAUCCACAAGGGCGAUACGGUGACGUGGCAGUGGGAUGAAGUGGCGCCCCUGAAUGUGCUCAGUGGCUCCUCGCGCAUUCCAAACGGCGUGUUUGCGUCUGGCGAGCCCGCCUUUGUCGGCUCCUACUCAUUCACGUUCAACGACCCGGGCCGUUUUGAGUACUUCUCGCAGCUGCAGUCGUCGCUUGGCGGCGUGAUUAUUGUUGUUAAUCCCGUGGAGACCACGCCCUCCGAUGCCCCCGAUUACAUCAUCACCUGGGAUUACGACCCCAUUGACGCAAGCAUCACCAUCGAGCCAGGCGAGAUUGUGGAGUGGCGGUGGAACAACGACGAGGUGUUUGAUGUGACGAGUGGUGAGCGCGAUGACAGCCAGGCCGGUCUGCUCUUCAAGUCACCCUCUGGCUUGCAGGGUUCCUAUGCCGUGCGCUUCCUGGAGCCUGGCGUGUACAACUACCACGACUCGUUCCACUCCUUUGUCAACGCAGCCAUCACCGUUGUCGCUCCGACAACCACGACAACGCAGCCGCCAACGACCACCACCAGCCAAGGCGGCGUUUCAACGACAACAACGACGACGACGACGACCACCACCACUACCACACCAACCACGACUUCGUCGCCAACUACGACAAGAAGCGCCUCCUCAACGUCCACCACCAGCAGUGCAGGCGGGGUGACAACCGUGACUGUGCCUGUGGAGGGCCGCUUGGAUGACGUGGCUGCCAACGCGGGCCUGACACAGUUCCUGAGCGCCAUGAACGCAGCCGGGCUCAGCUCUCUCCUCACCACCAACAGAGAGUACACGGUGUUUGCGCCCACAAACCGCGCGUUUGCGUCGCUCAUGCCUCGCCUGCUUGAUCAGCUGUUUGAGCCGGAGAACCAGAUGCAGCUUGCGCGCGUCAUGAUGCAACAUUUUGUUGAAGGAGAGGUGUUUUCCGACGACAUGGACAACGGCGACACGCUUGCGUCACUGGCCGAGGAGACGCUGGGGAUUGUGCGUGCAGGCAGCGUGAUUCUCGUGGACGGUGCGCUGAUUGAGCAACCGGAUCUCAACGCCACCAACGGUGUGAUGCAUGUUGUGGACACGGUGCUGCUGCCGCCCUUCAGCACGCAGACAACCACCACGUCCUCAAGCACGACAACGACCACGGGCCCAACAGCAUCCACAAUGUCAUCCACAAUCACAGAGACGGAGACCGAGACCGAGACAGAAACUCAGCCCGAGACAACUGAGGCCGAAGUACCAAAGCUGGAUCUGCUGGAUCCAAACAACACGGAUGAUGACAUUAUGGUGCAGCCCGACGACUCCGUUGUCUUCACAGGCGCUGCCGGGUACCGCCUGUCGUCGUUCGAUCCUGUCAGCGACGGGUUUACGGUUGGCUUCAUUGUGCGCCAGACGCCAGGCACGUCGGGGUACCUGUUUGCCAAGACGGACGGGCAGGGCAACCGCUACUACAGCCUGUACUCGAGCCGGGCCACGCAGUCGCUCACGUUCUUCUACCGCACACCGGGCUCGUCCGCACAGCUGCUGGUCUCGUUUGGGUUUGGUCUCACGGACGGUGAGCUGCGCACUGUGCUGCUGACGGUUGUGGGCAGCACGGUCACGCUGCGCACGCAAUCUGGGUACCCGGAGAGCGCACAGCUGGCGGGCCCCAUCGACGACUGUGGCUCUCCGUCGCCGUCGUGUGUCUUCAGCAUUGGUCAGCGCAUUGGGCCAGAUGGCCAGGGCACGCUUGAGUUUAUCGGCACCAUGUAUGGGGCGGAGCUGCUGUACACGCCGCUGGAGAUUCCGUCCACCACCGCGACCACCACCUCGCCGACAACGCCCCUGACCCCUGGCACGACGACCACGACAUCAGCGCCAGAGACUGGCUUCUCCCGCGUGGAUCUGUUUGAGCAGGAUGUUGUUGCCACGCCCCCGAACACGGUCAUCCCCCUCAUGGGUGGUGGGUACGAGUUUUCGGGCACUGGCGCGCUGCUGGUGUCAUCACAGCCACCGCCCAUCUCCGCGACCACGUUUUCCAUCGCUGUCCUCGCGCGCCAGAACGAACAGACCAACGGAUAUCUUCUUGCCAAGACGGAUUUGAGCGGUCUUGGGCGCUUCUAUGGGCUCUACUCCAGCAGCACAUCUCGCCGCCUCUCAUUUUACUUCUCAUCUUCUUCCACGGGCACACGGGUGGUGCACUUCCCGAUCAACCUUGCUGAUGGCGAGUAUCACACCAUCCUGCUGUCUGUGGACGCGCCGAGUGCGAGGCUGAUUGUGGACGGGCGCCUGGUCGGGACGCAGGACCUUGGGGUGGAUGCAUUGUCCGACUGUUCUCCGGCAGGCAUCAACUGCCUGCUGUACAUUGGCCAGCGCAGCUCCCCAUCUGGAGGCGACUUCCGCUUCUCAGGAACAAUCCGCAUUGCAGACGUGUACACGGCCGAGGCGCUGGAUGCGUUCCCCAGCAGCGGCGGCAGUGGCGGUGGCGGUGGCGACGAUGGCAUGGCGCCGUUUGACUUGCUGGACCCGCUUGUUCACGACAGCGGUGUUCCCGCCAGCGGCGACGGAGUGUAUACGUUUGCAGGGGAUGCGGCUCUGCGUGUGACCACGAUGCCAGCGAUUACGCGCAACUUCAGUGUUGUGAUGGACGUGCGGCAGAUGGAGGGCAACAGCGGGUAUCUUUUCUCCAAGUCAACCAGCACAGGCAGCCGCUACUGGUCGCUGUACUCGUCAUCGCUCACCAACACGUUGACGUUCUUCUACCGCGUGCCAGGCUCGACGGUGCAGCGCUCUGCCCGCUUUGCGCAUGACCUCAGCACGGGGCAGCCACGCACGGUUGUGGUUUCUGUUGCUAGCGCAGUGCUGUCUGUUGAGGUUGACGGCGUGGACGCUGGCAGUGCGGUGCUUGACGGGCCUGUGGAUGACUGUAUGCUUGGCCCCGACUGUGUGUUCUAUCUUGGCCAGCGUCCAGAUGGCUCUGGCGAUGGCGCGUUCUUCCUUACCGGCUCGGUUUUCCGCGCCCUCUUGUAUCCAGAACUCGCCCUGCUUGCAUAGUGCGUUCUUGUGUUGUUGUUGUUGUUGAUGUGUGUGUGUGUGUAUGUUUGGAGGUGUUUGGGAGGAAGGGGGGUGUUUGCAUUUCGUUUCGUCACAUCAUUCAUUCGUUCAUUGA